UGGGGUUGUUCUCUGCACUGUUCUGCACACAGUCCUCAGCAGCAGUGGAUUACUGAGUGAGAGCUCAAGACCACAGUCCAGCGGGGUGGAAAAGCUCUGGAAAUAUACUGUGCUGGAGGCAUAGUCUUCUCACUGUCUCUGUUUGCUCUCUGGACAAUUACAGCUCACCAACUACAUAGAUUUGACCCCAAAGGACCAGAGAAAAACACAGGGCUGGACAGAGAGAGUGAGUUGCGUGAGAUCUUCUGAAGCAGAUCAUGCCCCCUAGAUAGCAGGCCUGCCCAUUGGACAGGAUGCCCCCCCGGAAGCGGACACGCCCCGCUCUGGGGUUCCUGUGCUGUUUUGGCAGCAGUGAACCCCCGGAGAUCAACCUGAAAGACAGUGUGCCCCUGCAGCUGCUGGAGUUUAGCGCCCCCAUGCCCCCGGCCGAUGAACUCCAUGCACGCUUCUCCGAGUUGGUGGAUGAGCUUGAUCUCACCGAUAAGAACAGGGAGGCCAUGUUCGCUCUGCCAGCUGAGAAGAAAUGGCAAAUAUACUGCAGCAAGAAGAAGGAGCAGGAGGACCCAAACAAGCUGGCCACCAGCUGGCCCGACUACUACAUCGACCGCAUUAACUCCAUGGCUGCCAUGCAGACCUUGUUUGCCUUCGAUGAGGAGGAGAUGGAAAUGAGGAACAAAGUGGUGGAAGACCUGAAAACAGCACUCCGCACUCAGCCAAUGAGGUUUGUGACGCGCUUCAUCGAGCUGGACGGCCUAACGUGCCUGCUCAACUUCCUGAAGAGCAUGGACUACGAGACGUCGGAGAGCCGCAUCCACACCUCCAUCAUCGGCUGCAUCAAGGCGCUCAUGAACAACUCGCAGGGCCGCGCCCACGUGCUGGCCCACCCCCAGAGCAUCAACACCAUCUCCCAGAGCCUGCGCCAGGACAACAUCAAGACCAAGGUGGCAGUGCUGGAGAUCCUGGGCGCCGUCUGCCUGGUGCCUGACGGCCACAAGAAGGUCCUGCAGGCCAUGGUCCACUACCAGAAGUACGCUGCAGAGAGGACUCGUUUCCAGACACUGCUGAACGAGCUGGACAGGAGUACCGGACGCUACAGAGAUGAGGUCAACCUGAAGACCGCCAUCAUGUCAUUCAUCAAUGCUGUGCUCAAUGCAGGAGCCGGGGAGGACAACCUGGAGUUCCGGCUCCACCUCAGGUACGAGUUUCUGAUGCUGGGCAUCCAGCCAGUGAUUGACAAGCUGAGAGGACACGAGAACGCCACUCUGGACAGACACUUGGACUUCUUCGAGAUGGUGCGGAAUGAGGACGACUCAGAGCUGGCCAAACGGUUUGACAUGGUGCAUGUAGACACGAAGAGCGCCGGCCAGAUGUUUGAGCUGAUCAAGAAGAAGCUGACCCACACGGACGCUUACCCCUACCUGCUGUCCAUUCUGCAGCACUGCCUUCAGAUGCCCUACAAGCGCGGAGCGGGCAGCCUGCAGCAGUGGCAGCUCCUUGACCGGAUCCUACAGCAGAUCGUCCUGCAGGACGAGAAGGGGGACGACCCUGAUGUCGCGCCCCUGGACAACUUCAGCGUCAAGAGCAUCAUCCGAAUGCUGGUGAAUGAGAACGAGGUCAAACAGUGGAGAGACCAGGCAGAGAAGUUCAGGAAAGAGCAUGCAGAGCUGCUAGGGCGGUUGGAGCGGAAGGAGCGUGAGUGUGAGACCAAAACCCAAGAGAAAGAGGACAUGAUGAGGACUCUCAACAAGAUGAAGGACAAGCUACAGAGGGAGGGCGUGGAGCUGCGGAGUGCCCGGGAGCAAGUGCUGGAUCUGUCCUCCCGCAUCAACGACAUCUCAGGUGGCAGUGUCUCUUUCCUGGCUCCCCCUCCACCUCCUGGAGAUCCUCUGGCUCCUCCCCCGCCUCCUAUGAUGGGCGACUUCCCUCCUCCCCCUCCUCCUCUUCCCUUCUCCUGCCCACCCCCUCCACCGCCGCCUCCUCCCCCAGGAGGCCCACCUCCUCCUCCCGGAGCUCCGCCCCUCUUCUGCCCAGGAAUACCACCACCUCCAGGUCCACCCGGGCCCCCAGCGUUCAGCACUGCCACCACCCUGCGCACCAAGUCCAUCCCACAGCCCUCACAUCCACUCAAGUCCUUCAACUGGUCUAAGCUGGGCGAGAACAAGAUCCAUGGCACCAUCUGGCAUGACAUUGAUGACCUGAGGGCCUUCAAGAUCCUGGAUCUUAAGGACAUUGAGAAGAUGUUCUCAGCCUACCAGAGACAGCAGGAGCUGCUCACUAACCAAUCCUUCAAGCAGAAAGAGUCAGGCUCCAUGGAUGACCUGUACAUGAGCACGCGCAAGGUGAAGGAGCUGUCAGUCAUCGAUGGCCGCCGGGCCCAGAACUGCGUCAUCCUGCUCUCCAAGUUGAAAAUGAGCAAUGAGGAGAUCAAAAGAGCAAUACUGGAGAUGGACGAGAGGGAGGAGCUGGCUAAGGAUAUGCUGGAGCAGCUGCUGAAAUUUGUCCCAGAGAAGAGUGACAUAGACCUGCUGGAGGAGCACAAACACGAGCUGGAGCGCAUGGCGCGUGCCGACCGCUUCCUGUUUGAGAUGAGCAGGAUCGACCACUACCAGCAGAGACUCCAGGCUCUGUUUUUCAAGAAGAAGUUUGUCGAGCGCCUGGCAGAAGCCAAGCCGAAGGUUGAAGCUAUCCUGUGUGCGUCUCGGGAGGUGAUUCGGAGCAAGCGUCUGACGCAGACGCUGGAGGUGGUCCUUGCCUUUGGAAACUUCAUGAACAAAGGCCAGAGAGGCAACGCCUAUGGCUUCAAGGUAUCCAGCCUCAACAAGAUUGCGGACACGAAGUCCAGCAUAGACAGGAAUAUCACCAUGCUGCAUUACCUAAUCAUGAUCUUUGAGAAGAACUACCCUGAUGUCCUCCACAUCCAGGAAGACCUGCACAGUGUACCUGAGGCUGCCAAAGUCAAUCUUGCUGAGCUGGAGAAGGAGGUAUACAGCAUCAAGAGUGGACUGAAGGCUUUAGAGGCAGAGCUGCAGUAUCAGCAGAGCCGUGUGCGGGACCGCGGGGACAAGUUCGUCCCAGUGGUCAGCGACUUCAUCACAGUGGCCAGCUUUAGCUUCUCGGAGCUUGAAGACCAGCUGAAUGAGGCCAAGGACAAGUUUGUGAAGGCUUUGAAGCACUUUGGGGAGGACCAGGGCAAGAUGCAGCCGGACGAGUUCUUUGGGAUUUUCGAUACCUUCCUGCAGUCGUUCAGCGAAGCCAGGCAGGACCUAGAGAACAUGCAGCGCCGCAAAGAAGAGGAGGAGAGGAGGGCACGCAUGGAGGCCAUGCUGAAAGAGCAGCGCGAGAGGGAGCGGCGUGCCAAGAAGAGCAUGAGCGGCAGCGUCUCGGAGGAGGUGGGCGAGUUCGACGACCUGGUGUCGGCGCUGCGGUCCGGGGAGGUCUUCGACAAGGACCUGUCCAAGCUCAAGCGCAACCGCAAGCGCUCCGGCAAAGAGCUGGUGGAGGGCAGCGGGCGCGAGAGGCCCGUCACCAAGGUCAACUAUUAA